GGACCGAGCCCGGCGCGUACUGCACUCCAGGCAUCGGCCGCGCUCCGCCGAGCCCGGCUCAGGCCGCCGCCGCCGCCUCCCCCCCGUCUCCGGCUUCUCAACCGGGAGGGUCAAGGGAUAUGUCCUCAGCACCAACUACUCCUCCAUCAGUGGAUAAAGUAGACGGAUUUUCUCGGAAGUCCGUCAGAAAAGCCAGACAGAAGAGGUCACAAAGCUCCUCCCAGUUUAGGUCUCAGGGCAAGCCUAUUGAGUUAACUCCUCUGCCUCUGCUGAAAGACGUUCCAUCUUCAGAGCAGCCUGAACUGUUCCUAAAGAAACUUCAACAGUGCUGUGUCAUUUUUGACUUCAUGGACACGCUUUCAGACCUUAAAAUGAAAGAAUACAAGCGCUCCACUCUUAAUGAACUGGUCGACUACAUUACAAUAAGCAGAGGCUGUUUGACAGAGCAGACUUACCCUGAAGUAGUUAGAAUGGUAUCUUGCAAUAUCUUCAGAACUCUCCCACCUAGUGACAGCAAUGAAUUUGAUCCAGAAGAAGAUGAACCCACCUUGGAGGCAUCAUGGCCACAUCUACAGCUUGUAUAUGAGUUUUUCAUACGAUUUUUGGAAAGCCAAGAAUUUCAGCCCAGCAUUGCCAAAAAAUACAUAGAUCAGAAAUUUGUAUUGCAGUUGUUGGAGCUGUUUGAUAGCGAAGACCCUCGAGAACGGGACUACCUAAAAACAGUCUUGCACAGAAUUUAUGGCAAGUUUCUGGGUCUUAGAGCAUUUAUCCGAAAACAGAUUAAUAAUAUUUUUCUACGAUUUGUUUAUGAAACUGAACACUUCAAUGGCGUAGCUGAGCUGUUGGAAAUUUUAGGAAGUAUUAUCAAUGGUUUUGCUUUACCUCUUAAGGCAGAGCAUAAACAGUUUCUGGUGAAGGUGCUGAUUCCUUUACAUACUGUCAGAAGUUUAUCACUCUUCCAUGCACAGCUGGCAUAUUGCAUAGUACAGUUUCUGGAGAAAGACCCCUCACUCACAGAACCAGUCAUCAGAGGCUUAAUGAAAUUCUGGCCGAAAACCUGCAGUCAGAAAGAGGUCAUGUUCCUAGGAGAGCUGGAGGAAAUCUUGGAUGUAAUUGAACCAUCACAAUUUGUCAAAAUCCAGGAACCCUUGUUUAAACAAAUUGCCAAGUGUGUCUCUAGCCCUCAUUUUCAGGUGGCUGAAAGAGCACUGUACUAUUGGAAUAAUGAAUACAUCAUGAGUUUGAUAGAGGAGAAUUCAAAUGUCAUACUUCCCAUCAUGUUUUCCAGCCUUUAUAGGAUUUCUAAAGAGCACUGGAAUCCGGCUAUUGUGGCUUUAGUCUACAAUGUGUUGAAGGCAUUUAUGGAAAUGAACAGCACCAUGUUUGAUGAGCUGACAGCCACUUACAAGUCAGAUCGUCAGCGUGAGAAGAAGAAAGAAAAAGAGCGUGAAGAACUGUGGAAAAAACUGGAGGAUUUGGAAUUAAAGAGAGGUCUUAGACGUGAUGGAAUAAUUCCAACUUAACAAAAAAACAAAACAGCAUUAUUAACCUGUGGAGUCACACAUUUAUGUAGUAGAAGAUGGAGCAACAGUUUUCUGUAUUGUGCAACUUUACAGUAGAUUUCACAUUUGUUUCAUUAUUACAACAGCACUGUAUAUACCUGUCUCUAAGUAAAGGAAAAAAAUAAGGACUUUAAUCCAAAGUUUGGACAGCAGAUGGACUUCUCAGAACUUUGCAAACAUAAUCAUUGUUUUAACCCUUCUUUAAAACCAGUCUUCAAAGAUCUGUUGAUGAAAAUUGCAAUGUCAGAUUUCAUUGUCAGGACCUGUUCCUUAUUUAUCGUUAGCAGAGAGUAUAAUACAACUUUCAAAUGUGAACAAUCUUAAAAUUUAGCUUGUCUUUCUGCUAAACUGUUAAGUGUAUUUAUAGUAAAAGAGAAAAAAGACUGUCAUUUCCUUAUGAGUUUGUGUAACAUCCUCCUUCUCUGGAUAACUUUACUGUAAUUUGACUUUUUUUUUUUUUUUCUUUCCUUUUGCACAUCUUCAUAAGUUGAAUGUCCAUUCAGAUCAGGGCCAUGAAAAAAAAAAAACAUAGGUCCUGAAUAAAAGUUUUGUUUACUGGUGUGAGCAUUUUUUAGUACCAGUCUGUCUCUGGUGCUUCUUUAAUUUGAACAUUAGGAGCUAAAAAAACAAGUAGGUGAUAAACAUAGUAGGAAAGGGAGCUUUGGAUUCGUGCACCUAUUUAUUGCAAAUCCAAAUUAGUGUCCACAAUCCUUGAAAAAUGGACAGUGGUAACAGCUUAGAUUUCAGUACCUAACCAGUAUUAGUGUUACAGCAUUGGACACACGUACCAGAGCUGUUUUAGAAAUACUAAUUCCUAAAUUACUACAGUAUGUUUUUAUUGGACCAUUUUGAAAGAAUAAAGACAAACGCUAAACAGUGCAAGCAUGAAAUUGAUCUCCAGUGGUCAUGGAUCUAACUGGGAAAUGAGUUGAGAUAGCAGUUUGGACUGUUUGGAGUUGUUGCCUUACUUUUUAAUAUGUAUUUAUAAAGUGUUCCAGCAAAAGAGGAUGUAGCCUCUAAGAAACAUACUAUAGUGUUUUUGUGGUUCAAGUACUAUUAUUACUCAUCACAGUACCAGCCCUAUGGUCUUAGCUGGAAAGGAUUCUGGAUAAUAUACUUCUGCAUUCUCAUCUGGAUGCUCAUUCCUAACUACUGUAUUUGUUACCAAAAGUGGUUCUACAAAUGCUACUGAAAAAAAAUUCUGGAAAUCCUAAUGUUCUGAGUAUUAAUAAUAAAGCUUUUAUAUCAAAGGUGCAUUGUGACCAAAUUGUUUAAAACAAAAGAAAAAAAAAAAAGAAGA